AUGGGGUGCGGAGAAAAAGAAAACAUUUGGAGGAUUCAAGUAUAUUGGGUACAACAAACAAAUAAGAGAUUUUCGACGUGGAUCCUAUCAAUCAAAGAACCAUCAGAAAUUGUGGUACCGUCACCAUCGUCUGGCGGCCAUGCAGAUAUAAUCCAGAAGCUGAAUGCUAUUGAGACCCGUCUCACUGCCAUUGAGAAGUCCCUAACAGACAAAAUGCCAGAGAAGGCCGAGGUGCAGGCGCAAAGUAAAUUAUUGCGCGAAUGCCGCGUCAUAGCGGCAAAGACGCACCAUUCAAUUAGCCGCAUCACCGGUGAUUUGGAGGACGAGCAUUACGUGGAGCUCGCUUCGAAACUGCCCAUGUCGUCGGAAGAGCACGUGCGCUUCGUGGAAGACAAACUUUCCCAAAAGGAAAGCACGGAUGCUAUGAUGCGGCUAAUAUUGAAAUCAAAGGGCGCAAAAGGCAGUGUGGACGGCGUACUUCGUGGUUUGUUUUCAGACGGUGUAAUGUACCAUUACAAUUUAGAGGGGCGCAAGGAGAAGAAACCCCUACUAAAACUAAAGUGCGUAGGGUUAGUUUUUGAUAUAUUUCCUGACAAGGAUAAAAGCAGUAUAUGUGGGGAGCUCCGGAGAUUUGUGGCCUUACGCCACCAUCGUUUUAAACAGAAGAAACAUAAACUAAGGGCUAAACUAAUAUAA